AUGGUGCAACCAUUCACGAUCUUUGGCAUGGUUCUCUUUGUCCUGCUGUGCUUCCUGGGUAUAGUGGCUAAUGGCUUCAUUGUUGUAGUACUGGGAAGGGAGUGGAUUCUGUGCCAUCAGCUGUCUCACUGUGACAUGAUCCUGAUCAGUUUGGGUGCCUCCCGCUUCUGCCUACAGUGGAUUGCAAUGAUACACAACUUUUACUAUUUUUUUCACCACCUACAAUAUUUCAUGGAUCCUGCCCGCCAGCACUUUGCACUUUGCUGGGAUUUUCUGAAUUCAGCCACAUUCUGGUUUGGCACUUGGCUUAGUGUUCUCUUCUGUGUGAAGAUUGCAAACUUUACUCACCCCAUUUUCCUUUGGCUGAAGUGGAGGGUCAAGGGGUUAGUACCCUGGUUCCUGCUAGUCUCCGUGAUAAUCUCUUUCAUUGUCACCAUGCUGUUUUUUGUAGGGAACAAUAUUGUGUACCAGGCAUUUUUGCAGGGGACAUUUUCUGGGAACAUAACCUUUUAUGAUUUCAACAAGAACCUAGAAAUCCACUAUUUUCUGCCUUUGAAACUCGUUACUUUGUCUAUUCCAUGUUCAAUAUUUGUAGUCUCAACAAUUUUGCUGAUUAUCUCUUUGCAGAGACACUCCUGGAGAAUGCAGCAUAGUGCUCUCAGUACCCAGGAUCCCAGAACUCAAGCUCACACCAGAGCUCUGAAAUUUCUGGUCUCCUUCUUAGUCCUUUAUGCUCUUUCUUUUCUGUCUUUAGUCAUUGAGGCUGCUCCCUUUUCUGGCAUUCAUACUAUCUGGUUCUGGCCAUGGCAAAUUUUGAUCUACUUGUGUACAUCUAUUCAUCCCUUUAUCCUUAUCGUUAGCAACUCCCAGCUAGUAAGGGCACUCAUGAAGCUUCGUCUUCUGCCUAAAACUUGGAAUUACAAGAGGACAUCAUCUCCUAUCUAA